CCCCGGCCGGCGCUGCGAUCGGCGGCGCUAGGACCGGGCGGGCCUGGGGCUGCGGCGGGGCCUGGGUGGCCGGAGGAGCGGGGACCCCGGCUCUCGGCUCCCGGCGCCAUGUGAGGGGGCUCGGGGGGCCGCUGGGGCCCAGGCUCCCCGGCGGAGAUGAGGACACUGAGGCCCAGCGAGGUCACAUGGCUUGCUCGAGGCCCCCCAGCCAGUGUGACCCCACUUCCCUGCCCCCAGGGCCGCCUGCAGGACGCUGGCCCCUACCCCUGAGCAGACGCCGGAAAGAGAUGAGUAGCAACAAAGAACAGCGGUCAGCAGUGUUCGUGGUCCUCUUUGCCCUCGUUACCAUCCUCAUCCUCUAUAGCUCCAGCAGUGCCAAUGAGGUCUUCCACUACGGUUCCCUGGGGGGUCGCAGCCGCCAGCCAGUCAACCUCAAAAAGUGGAGCUACGCCAGUGCCUAUGUUCCUCUCCUCGGCAACAAGACGCUGCCUUCCCGGUGCCACCAGUGUGUGAUUGUCACCAGCUCAAGCCACCUGCUGGGCACCAAGCUGGGGUCCGAGAUCGAGCGGGCCGAGUGCACCAUCCGCAUGAAUGAUGCGCCCACCACAGGCUACUCGGCUGACGUGGGCAACAAGACCACCUUCCGUGUGGUGGCCCACUCCAGCGUGUUCCGGGUGCUGCGCAGGCCCCAGGAGUUCGUCAACCGAACCCCGGAGACUGUCUUCAUCUUCUGGGGUCCUCCGAGCAAGAUGCAGAAGCCGCAGGGCAGCCUGGUGCGCGUCAUCCAGCGGAUGGGCCUGGCUUUCCCGCACCUGGAGGCCUACGCCGUCUCUCCCGGCCGCAUGCAGCAGUUCGACGAGCUCUUCCGGGGUGAGACGGGCAAGGACAGAGAGAAGUCACACUCAUGGCUGAGCACCGGCUGGUUCACCAUGGGGUUGGCGGUAGAGCUGUGUGACCAUGUGCACGUCUAUGGCAUGGUGCCCCCUGACUACUGCAGCCUGCGGCCCCGCCUGCAGCGCGUGCCCUAUCACUACUACGAGCCCAAGGGGCCGGACGAGUGUGUCACCUACAUCCAGAACGAGCACAGCCGCAAGGGGAACCACCACCGCUUCAUCACAGAAAAGAGGGUGUUCUCUGCCUGGGCCCAGAUGUACGGCAUCACGUUCUCCCACCCAUCCUGGACCUAAGCCGCCACCCGCCCGUCUGCCUGUCCGUCCGCCCGUCUGUCCGUCCAUCCGCACCUCCGGCCGUUUCCUGGCCAAUCAAGGGCUGGCUGGAGUGUCUCCCAGCCAAUCAGCGCCUUGAUGAGGGUGUGAGGGUGUAGCCUUCUGACGAUUGGCCAAUCAGGGAUUUGGGAUAUUUGCUUAUGAAUCAGGGUGUCAGGGUCUGGCAUAGUCAGGGUAUUGGGAUGCUUCUGAGUCCAUCAGGGGCUAAGGACAUGGCCUUUCCCAGGAGGCCUUGGUUCAGAGUUCCCAGGAAUGGACCCCAACUCACUUUCUCCUGGGCUGGGCUGCUGGGGGGAUAGGAGCUGGGAACUUGGGGCUGCCCCCACCUUUAAGUGCCAGCAUCAGAAAGGGAGACGGAGGGGUCGGUACUGCGGGAGCUUGUGCCGGGGUCUCCCAGAGUCAGAUCGUGAGCCUGUCUUGGGGAGGUU